CGGUGAGCAGUAGCAUCCACAAACCAGAACCAAGAUCAACCUGUUGCUGUGGCGCCCAGUUCGAGUUUGGCCAGCGGCGCGUGCGGUUGUGGCGACGGCACCUCCACUCCCAUCUACAGAUCAUCUAAAAGAACCGAGAACUCCAUUUCGCGGCAAAUGUGUGAACCGUGCGGGCAAAAAGGAAAACUGCAAAGCAAAACUGUGCCAUCGAGCCAAGUGAAUUGGCACACUUCCCAUUGCGAUGAUUGUUUUAUCAAAAUUCAUUAGCCAGUGCGUGCCUGUGCGGACAGGUGGUGACCCAUUUAGCGGACAGGUGACCCCAUAACUCGUAUCACGUUCUCGUUCUCGUAUCAAGGACACACAUCUGUCUCUCUCUCGGCCGUGAGUCAUCCGCCAGACAAGCCCAUACCCAUGGCCAUAGCCAGAGACGACGACAGACAUCAAGUAAAAGUGGAGCAGCAGCAGCAGCAGCGCAAGUCUUAAGAAAUCUAAGUAGAAGAAAGAGCAGAAGACACCGCCGCAGCCACAUAAAAGUGAAUAAGAAACUGUCAUGCUUUCGUUGGCAGCCAUCGCAGCUCAUGUCAAUGGAAUGGAGAUUUAACAGUCCACAAAUUGUGCUAAAUGCCUCAACGCCCACCAAUAAUCAUCUACUCCGAAAAUUGGAUAGUGAACAGUGAACAGUGACAAGUGACAAGUGAUUAGUGACUGGGAACAGUAAAAAUGAAUCUGCUGCUGUGGCUCUUAGUGCUGCUGCUGCUCUCCUGCCACAUCAGCCACGGCCAGGCCAAUAUCCUCAACGCGUUGCUGGGCGUGCCCGCAGAGUGUGUGCACCAGAGCGGCAUCUGGCCCUGCAAGCUGAGCUUCUCCUGCUGGCUGCAGGGCGGCAAGCAUGCCAAGGGCUGUGGCAGCAACAAGUGGCUCUUCAGCUGCUGCAUCGCCGCCGCCGCCGAUCCGCAGCAUCCGCAUCUCUCACAGUCGCAGCUGCCGCAUCCGCAGUCGUCUUUGGCGAAUCUCAUUGAUUAUGGCCAACUCAAGAUAAGUCUGCAAGGCCUGCCCAAGCGCAUCAUGUUGCGGCGUCGCGACGACAAUGAGCUGCUCAACGUUCAGCCCGAAUGUGGGGUGCCACGAACAGCGCAGAACACGCUCCAGAAGCGCAUCAUCGGCGGUCGGCCGGCACAGUUCGCCGAGUAUCCGUGGCAGGCGCACAUCCGCAUAGCCGAGUACCAGUGCGGUGGGGUGCUCAUCUCGGCCAACAUGGUGGCCACUGCCGCCCAUUGCAUACAGCAGGCGCAGCUGCCGGACAUCACCGUCUAUCUGGGGGAGCUGGACACCCAGGAUCUGGGCCAAAUACACGAGCCGCUGCCAGUGCAGAAGCACAGCGUCAUGCAAAAGAUCAUCCAUCCGCGCUUUAACUUUCGCAUGACGCAGCCAGACCGCUACGACCUGGCCCUGCUGAAGCUGGCCCAUCCCACGGCCUUCAGCGAGCACAUCCUGCCCAUUUGCCUGCCCCAUUAUCCCAUCCGGCUGAUCGGACGCAAGGGCCUCAUCGCGGGCUGGGGCAAGACCGAGGCCCAUUUGGGGCACGCCGGCACCAAUAUGCUGCAGGUGGCCAGCGUCCCCAUCAUUACCACCUUCGACUGCAUUCGCUGGCACGAGAGCAAGCAAAUAAAUGUGGAAAUCAAGGCGGAAAUGUUCUGUGCGGGACACUCGGAUGGCCACAUGGAUGCCUGCCUGGGCGAUUCCGGAGGUCCGCUGGUGAUCAAGGAUCGCGGACGCUUUGUGCUCGUCGGCAUCACCAGCGCCGGCUUCGGCUGUGGCGUCGAUCACCAGCCAGGCAUAUAUCACAAUGUUCAGAAGACUGUGAGGUGGAUACAGGAUGUGGUGACGCGCAACGAAUUGUAGCAACAGAAGGGACCGCGAGUGGUUGUCCUGUGGCAUGACACAAAUCUCAUUAGUUUAUGGCUCGUAGCAUUAGGCAAUGGAUAUGUGCAAUCCAAAUCACAUAAGCGACACAUUUACGCGUAUUUAUUAGAUUUAUUAAAUAUUAUUAUGUACGAUA